GGGAGAGAUAACAAAUUAGAAUCAUUUUUAUUUCAUUUUUGUUCUUUUUUUCGUAUUGUUUCAUUUGGAAACUAAGACUAUUUGAUCUCAGACAACAAACAACUGCUUUUUGCCCAUAAGAUAUUGUAUGCAACGGUCUAUAUUCGUAUUGAACAGAGUACUUUUAUAUGGCAAACAAUAUAGGAACCGCUAAUAAAAUGCAACUGCAUAAUUGACUUUCAUUAAUUCACUUUGAAAAAGUAUGGCUAUCGGGGCUUCGAGAAAAGCUUCUACUUACUUAUGCCGACCUCAGUUUCCAGCGUUGUCUCCUCUCUUCUUCUUUUUUUUAGAUCUAGAUUGAAAUGUCAGAUCUCGAAUUCGAAAAUUACUUGACUUGGGUCAAAAAUAAUGGAGGAUCUUUCAAAAAUCUUAAGUUUGAACAUGGAUCUGCGUAUGCUACCAGUAUUAUAAAGCCUAAUGAAAAUUUUGCCUCUGUUCCUUUCAAGCUAUGUAUUACAGAAGAUGUGGCACGGCAAGCCUUGCCAAACCUGGACAACUUCUCUAGUCGUUACGUUUUAACUCUGUUUCUUCUACUUCAAAAGCGACUUGGCGAAAAGUCAUUCUAUUGGCCAUAUAUCAACAUUUUACCAAAGAGUAUCCAAACGCCUUUCUUUUUCGAUGACAUGGAAUUAGCUUUUUUAAAGAAUACAAACCUUGAGGCUGCCGUCAGGGAAAGAAGAAAGAUGAUCCAACAGAAUUAUUCUAUGAUCUUGGAAAAUUUGCCUGCUAAUGUUAAGAAAGAAGAUGUGAAGUGGGAAGAAUUUCUUUAUUGCUAUUGUGUAUAUUCUUCAAGAUCAUUUCCUUACAAGUUGAUUGAUCCUUCUGCUAAUGAUUCUGAAGCGUUAUUCCCACUAGUAGACGCUCUGAAUCACAAACCACGGACCAAAAUCACAUGGUCUAGAGAUGGUAAUAAUGAGAAUGGAUCUCUAUCCUUUAUUGCUGGUCAAGAAUUCAAGCAAGGCGAGGAAGUUUUCAAUAACUAUGGGCCAAAAUCUAACGAAGAAUUACUACUGGGUUACGGAUUCUGCUUUGAGUAUAACGAAUAUGAUCAUGUAGCUUUGAAACCGAACUUUUCACAAGACCCCAACUUCGAAGUGAAGCGGCAAAUUCUUCAACAAAACAAUAUUUCGUCUGGAAAUGUCGACCCUUUAACAUUCUACAUCCAUUGGAAUAACAUUCCUGCCGCAUACUUCAAACUAAUGCGCGUCUUAGUGAUGAAUUCUGUCGAAAUGGAGCACUACAAGCAGUGUACAAAUCCAAGGUUUAUAGAGUUCAUCGGUUACCGAAAUGAGCUUUGCAUGCUCUCUAUGACACUCCAGGUACUUGAAACCAAGUUACGGGCGAUCCAGUCUGUUGAUCUGAAGAAAGACAAUUUGCGUGAUAGCCAAAAAUUUGCGCUGAUGUACAGAAAAGGUGAUAAAAGAAGCUGUAAUCACUUGUAUGCUACUGUUACUUACCAAUGCGGUUUAUACAGGUCAAGAGGAUAUUUUAAGUACAUCAAUUACAAUGGUUGAGGGACUGAAAACGAGUCUGGUACAAAAAAUGUGUCAAGACUUAAGGGAAGGAAGGACUGCUCCCAAAGCUCCUUUCUUAAGCAUUCUUAAUCAUGAUUUUCAACAAUCAGACAUCGAAAUAGAUAACAGCAGCAACGCUCUAGUUACACUAAAUGAAGUAAUUAUUACAUCAAAGAAGUUGCUGAGAAGAGAUCCAAAAUUUGCCAAGAUUAUAUUGGAAAACUUCGAAGAUAUGGAUGAAGAAGCGGAAACAAUCAUGAUAUUAGCCUUGAUCAGGGAAAGCAACAACUCAGACAGUGAAUGGAAGCAGUUCUUCGAGAAGGCAUCCCAAAG